GUGUUGUUUUGUGACGUCCUGUCUGUCUGAUUUGUAAAUAUAGACUAAUCUUUAUUGUCCGUGACAAAGUGCGGCGAUGCGAAAAGCAAUGCGCUAGGGAAGUGGCUUGUUGUUUAUAGCUCUGCAAGGCAUGCUGAGGGUUGUAGUGCCACAGUGGACUGGGCUGUGAACUUGUGUGAAGAUACUGCGGGUCAGGUGUCACAUGCAUUGUCAACAUCAGGGACAUGGGACUGAAGGCCUUCAUGUAUGGAUUUUCCUAUUAGGAGGAAAGGCAAACCAAACAAAGAAGGUAGCAAAGGACGUGGUUCUGGAAGAGGGGGCAGAAGAGGAGGUGGUAGGGGGCGAGGAGCUAACAGAGGAGGAAGAUUCAGAGCAGAACCUGGAGGAGGAGGAGGAGGAGGCGGCGGCGGCGGAGGAGGAAGCGGCGGAGGAAGCAAGAAAAGCUCUAGUAAAGCAUGGGAUGAUGGAGAUGACAUCUGCUUCUCCAGGAAACCGGAGAGGCCAGCAAGCUUCAGUUAUGCUAACAGACACGGCCCGCGGACCCGUGGUGGCAGUACCCACAGCACUCCUCUUCAGACUUUGCACAUGACCACUGAGAACCAAGAGCGGGUGAAAGCUCUUUUGCGUGACCUUCAGGAGCCAGAGCUAGACACUGUGGCUGAUGAUGUGGGGUCAGAUUUGGAGGAAGACUAUGAAUAUAGCAGCUCUGAAGACGAGGAAGAUGAGGACAAAAGUGGUGAAUGCUGUGCAGCUGAUUCAGGAUUUGAUCUCUGGUCCUCACCACAAGAACCUCUGGAAGUAGCAGGGAACCUUUCUCCUCCUGUCCAUAUGUUACCUGAGGCAGUCAUAUCACCUUUUGCUAUUGGGAAAUUAUCUCGUUACGGUUUUGCCCGAGAAAGAUGUAUGGCUGCCUUGAGGACCCAUGAGGGAGAUGUUGGAUCAUCCCUUGAAUACUUGUUGCUGCAGUGUUUUUCAGAAGCUUUUGGUAUCCAGACAAAAACAUCACGGAUGGCUGAUAAUAUUAGCAUGGAAGACAUCUUGGCAUUGCGUCAGGAAGAAGCUUUUGUCCUCAGCUCGAUAUGCGGAGAGAAGUUUAUUGAGAGGAUCCCAAACAGAGUAUGGACUGUGGGACUUGAGCUGGGCUACCUAACAGACAGACUUCAAAAACCCCGAAAUAAAGACCGUGCCAAAGAUUUUGUGACUACAACCCCUAAUAAUAUCUGCAAGUUUUUCUUGAAAGGAGAAAAUUGCCGAUUUGGGUCUAAAUGUAGAUUUAGGCAUGAAUCCCCAAAGCAAAAUCUGAAGGAUGACUCUCACCUAAGUGCUAAUGACGGCAAUUACCUGUAUGAGCUUGAAAUUCGUUUCCUUAAGGAUAAUAAAUACCCUUAUCAAGCUCCACUGAUAGCGUUUCAUUCACUCAAUGAGAAUCUGCCAAUGGGAUGUCGCCUACACAUGGCAGAGUACCUGUAUGAAAAAGCAUUGACAAUUGCCCACACUGGUGAACCAGCUGUCUACUCCCUUGUCAGCUCCUUGGAGGAUGAAGAUGAUAUUGUACAGUUACUUGCUAAUGCACAUCAUCGAUAUAGUAUUCCGCCACCUAUCAUACAGCCAACAUAUGAAGCCAAGAAACCCCCCAUAAUUGUUAACAAACCAAUGAACUCGGAAAAACGGACUUGUAUUCCAGAAGGUAAAAAGGAGUUAAAUAUUAUGGCAGAAGAGUCUACUAAAUUUACUCAGACUGUACAGGAUGAGCUGGAUGACUUGGAAUUGAAGGCUGUGGUGGUAGAGAAUGAAAGUUAUGCCAAUCUUAAGAAAAAACUGGUCAAAAAAUACUGGAAUCCUAAAGUUGUUCUUGCAGAAAAUGCUAAGAUCUGUAAACACUUCAAGACAAAACGGGCUUCCAAAAGUUACCAGUCUAUGCUUCAAGAGAGGAUAAAGCUGCCAGCAUGGGAGCAACAAGAUGCAAUACUGAAAAUCCUGGCAAAGCACCAAGUACUGGUUGUUUGUGGAAUGACCGGAUGUGGCAAGACCACACAGAUUCCACAAUUUAUACUGGAUGCUUCUUUGGAAGGCCCUGCCAACCAUGUUUCCAAUAUUAUAUGUACCCAGCCGCGGAGGAUAUCUGCUAUUUCUGUGGCUGAACGUGUGGCUCAGGAGAGAGCUGAGAGAGUCGGUGUCUCUGUUGGUUAUCAGAUUAGACUGGAGAGUGUUAAGUCUUCAGCCACCAGGCUUCUGUAUUGCACAGCGGGAGUCCUGUUGAGACAGCUUGAAGGUGACAGCACUUUGCAUGGUGUCACUCAUGUGAUUGUGGAUGAAGUCCAUGAGAGGACAGAGGAAAGUGACUUUCUGCUUUUGGUGUUGAAAGAUGUCCUGAUUCAGAGACCAGACCUAAAAGUCUUGCUCAUGAGUGCCACAGUGAAUGCCGAGCUCUUUUCACAGUACUUUUCUAGGUGUCCAGUUAUUCACAUACCUGGUCGAACUUUCCCAGUGGACCAGUUUUUCCUGGAAGAUGCCAUUGCCAAAACCAGAUAUGUGGUUGAAGAUGGAAGCCCAUAUCAUCGCUCUUCUAAGCAUUCCUAUGCACAGGAGUCUUCUAAAGGAAAGAAAGGGAAGAGCUAUGGAGACAUUCUUGAAGAAUUAGACCAAGAUAUUCAGUCAAGCCUGAGGUUACAGGACACCAGGAUGGUGAAGGACAGCAUGUCAGAUCAGCAGCUGAGUUUCAAGGAGCUUUCAGUCCGUUACAGCGGUGUUAGUAAAUCUGUCAUUAAAACCCUAUCUGCUAUGGACUUGGAUAAAAUUAAUCUGGAUUUAAUAGAAGCUCUCUUGGAAUGGAUAGUCAGUGGGGACCACUCUUAUCCACCUGGUGCUGUUUUAGUAUUUCUCCCCGGUUUUGCAGAAAUCAAAAUGCUGUAUGAACAGUUGCAAUCAAACGCCUUGUUUAGUAUGAGACGUAAUAAAAGGUGUGUCAUCUACCCCCUGCACUCAUCCCUUUCCAGUGAGGAGCAGCAGGCUGUCUUCCUAAGGCCACCCCAGGGGGUUACAAAGAUAAUCAUCUCCACCAACAUUGCUGAGACCUCGAUCACUAUUGACGAUGUUGUAUACGUUAUUGACUCAGGCAAGAUGAGGGAGAAAAGGUAUGACCCAGGUAAGAGCAUGGAGAGUCUGGAGGACACUUGGGUGUCUCGAGCCAAUGCCAUACAAAGAAGAGGGCGAGCGGGUCGUGUAGCCUCUGGAGUUUGCUUUCACCUGUUCACCAGCCACCACUAUGAGCAUCAGCUGUUAGAGCAGCAGCCGCCAGAGAUCCAUCGAAUCCCACUGGAACAGCUCUGUUUGAGGAUAAAAAUCUUAGAGAUGUUUUCAGAAUGUCGACUGGAGACAGUCUUGUCCAGAUUAAUUGAACCUCCCGGGGUGGAGUCUCUGCAUGCCUCCAAAUUACGUCUUCAGGAUCUCGGUGCACUAACCCUGCAAGAAAAGCUGACACCACUUGGUUACCAUUUGGCCUCUCUGCCGGUGGAUGUGAGGAUUGGUAAACUCAUGCUUUUUGGUGCCAUAUUUCGCUGUCUGGACCCUGCCCUCACUAUUGCUGCCAGCUUGGCCUCUAAGUCUCCUUUUGUGUGUCCAUGGGAUAAAAAGGAAGAAGCAAACAAGAAAAAGCAAGAAUUUGCAGUAGGCAGCAGUGAUCACUUGGCUCUUCUCCAGGCUUAUAAGGCAUGGAGCACAGUCAUCAGAGAAAACCCACGGGCUGGUUACCAGUAUUGCCGAGACCACUUUUUGUCUUCUAGAGUGCUCCAGGAAAUAGCUAGUCUAAAACGACAGUUUACAGAACUGCUGUCUGACAUUGGCUUUGUGAGAGAAGGGAUUAGGGCAAGAGAUAUUGAGAAGAGAUGGUCUCAGAAGGGAGAUGGAAUAGUGGAAUCUACAGGGGAGGAGGCAAAUACCAAUGCAGAGAACAUCAAGCUAAUGUCGGCAAUGCUGUGCGCAGCUUUGUAUCCCAAUGUGGUCCAAGUGAAAUCCCCAGAAGGCAAGUAUCAAGUGACAAGGGCGGGAGCCAUGAAAAUGCAACCGAAAGCUGAGGAGCUGAAGUUUGUUACCAAGAAUGAUGGUUACGUUCACAUCCAUCCCUCAUCCGUCAAUCAUCAGGUGCGACACUUUGACAGCCCGUACUUGGUGUAUCAUGAAAAGAUUAAGACCAGCCGUGUGUUUGUGCGAGACUGCAGCAUGGUGUCAGUGUACCCUUUGGUCCUAUUUGGGGGUGGACAAGUUAAUGUUGAGCUUCACAAAGGAGAAUUUCUCAUCUCGCUGGAUGAUGGGUGGAUCCGCUUUGCAGCUGCUUCACAUCAGGUAGCUGAACUGGUGAAAGAGCUGCGCAGUGAACUUGAUCAGCUGCUGCAGGAUAAAAUCAAGAAUCCAACAAUGGACCUGUGCACCUGCCCCCGGGGCUCUCGUAUUAUUGCAAUGAUUGUAAAACUGGUGACAACACAGUGACGCAACAUAAAAUAUGAAGAUUCCCAGAUUGAAGUCAUUUUUGUCACCUUUGAGAUGUUACCCCCUAUCCACAGGAUCAGAGAUAACUGUUAGGCCCCUUUCACACAAGCGAGAAUUCUGCGCAGGUGCAAUGCGCCCGCACGGAAUCCGGACCCAUUCAUUUCAAUGGGGCUGUGUACAUGUGCGUUGGUUUUCACGCAUCACUUAUGCAUUGCGUGAAAAUCGCAUUGCAUCCGGAAGCAAGUGCGGAUGCGAUGUGCCUUAGGCCUCUUUUCACACAAACGAUACCGAUUGUGUCAGGGUGCGUUUGGUGACACUCGCACGAUUUUUCAAGCAAGUUCAGUCAGUUUUGGGUCAGGAUUCAGUGUGGGUACUAUGCGUUCAUGUCAUGCAUUGCACCCACGUGGAAGGGACCUUAGGUUAGUGGGGGGAUCUGACCUCUGGGACCCCCCCUCCCCUUCAAUUCCUGCAGCAGUACUCUAUUUGUCGUAUUAUGUAGCCCUUAUGAUUAGUGGUGGUCCCAGCAGUCCGAAGCCCACAGAUCGAAUACGUAUUCCCUAUGCUGUAGAUUGGGGGUAACGUCUUAUAACCCCUUUAAUCAUGUGAUAGAAGAUUUAUGUUGUAGCAUGCUCCAUUGUCAAACACAAUGGUUUUCAUUCUGCUCACCAUGUGACAUAUAUUACUGUAAAGCUGGAUUCACUUGCAGCAUCACUACCACAUUGCAAAACUGUGUCAAAUCUUGCAGAUGCAGUUACUUUAGUUGCUGGGUGUCACUGGAUUGAUAUGAGGUGACCUCCCAGGACAGCCAUGUGAUUGCUAUGACAUGUGACAUCACAAUCAUGAGUAAUGAGAAGAUUUUCCUCUUGUGCGUACAUAGAAACACUUUCUAUAAGUUUAUUACUGAUUGCCUAUUCUCAGGAUUGGCAAACAUCGGAUCUGUGGGGGUCCGACUCCUGCCACCUCUGAAGAGGCCAUGGUGGUUGCCUCUUCCUAGGCCUGUGAUGUCAUGUUCAUUGAUCACAUGGUCUCAUUGAAGUGAAUGGGCCUGGGCUGCCUUAACGAGCACAGCCCCUAUACAGUGUACGGUGCUGUUCUUGGUAUGCUGCGAGGGGAAAAAAAGCUGAUGGUCUGGGGUAACAAAAGUUGGACCCCCCACCAAUCAGAUAUUGAUGACCUAUUCUGAAGAUAGGCCAUCAAUAUUGACCUCCAAAAGCCUCUUUUAAGUGAGCGAUCAAGUAAAAUGGCAGCACUUUUUUUUUCACUUCGAAACAUAUGAAAAGACUGCCAAUCUAUUUUAUUCUCAGUUAGCUUCCCUACCAUUUAGAAAUGUACAUGUUUAUUUAACGCCCAAGAAAACCGCUACAAAGUGCAAAUCAUGUUGAAAGCGUCAUGCCCAGCAGUAGCGGUAUACUGCAGACCCUGGUGAACUCUGCCUUUCAUAGUUCUCCAAAGGUGAAGGGGAUGUACGAUCCUGUAAUACAGGGGUAGGCCACCUCUGGCACUCCAGAUGUUGUAAAACUACAACUCCCAGCAUGCAUACUUCCUCUACUCUUCUCAGAACUCUCACAGAAAUGAAUGGAGCAUGCUGGGAAUCAUAGUUUUGCCACAGCUGGAGUGCCGGAGGUUGCUGACCCCUGCUGUAAUACUUCAGUAUAUUGUUACCAUUGCAAAUUCUAUGCAAAGUGUAAAAAGUAACUAACUGUAUAAAUAAAGAUGAUUUCUCUUUAAGAGC